AUGGAUGAUAUCGAGGACCGCUUGCGUAGCCACGCCCAGGCUUUUGAUGGCCUCUUGUCGUUGAUUCCGGCGAAAUACUAUUAUGGGGAGGAUGGUAGUGACCAAUGGAAACGCAAGAAGCAGACGAAAGAGGAAGCUCGUGAGGCGAAACGGGCGAAAUUGGACCCCGAUGCCGCGAAGACCGCUAAAGACGUAAUGGAAGAGAACGCCCGGAAACGCAAGCGUCAAGAAGAUGGUCAAAAUGAGGCCGCAUCGUCUGAGGAUGAAGAACUCGGCUCAGAAAUGCCUAAGGAAGGCCUGAAGCGGGCCGACGCAGCAAAGAAACAGAAGCAAUCCGAAGACCCGGCGAAGUCAGAAGAGGCAGAAGCACAGGAAGCUAAAGAAGCCGCCAAGAAGGAAAAGCAGAAAGAACAGCAAGAUAAAGAGGCUAAAACAGCUGCUGCAGAUGCUGCACAGAAGCCAGAGUCUAAGUCUGCCAGUGAUAAGAACAAGAAGCAAGAAAAGCCACCUGUAAAGGAUCACAAUAAUGAUGAUGACGUUGAUGAAGAAGAGGCCGAAGGUCUCGCUCUCGAGUUCAGCCCAGAGCAAACAGAACAGUCUUCCUCUUCUUCUACCCCCAACUCCCCUGGUUUCGAUGCCUCCGCUCUUCAAUCGGGCGCCUCUUCGAUAUCUUCUAUUGUCCCUCCAUCUGCUCCUAACGAUGCCUCUAAGGACUCAUCAUCCGAUCAAAAGCCUCUCAAGUCCACACCCGAAGAGCUCAAGCAACGACUACAAAAGCGUCUUGAUGAGCUUCGCGCAGCCCGUCAUGCAGACGGGCUGAACGGCAAGCCCGCGAGGAACCGCCAAGAGCUGAUCGAGGCCCGCAGACAGAAGGCAGAACAACGCAAGGCGCACAAGAAAGAGCUACGACAGAAGGCCAGGGAGGAAGAGCAACGGGUGAAGGACGAGGCAUUGGCCCGCCGCUUCUCCCCAGGUGGGUCGGGCUCUCUUCUCGCCUCGCCUCGCUCCCCAGCCGAGUCGGUGGGUUCUAGCGCUGCUAAUUAUUCCUUCGGCCGUGUCGUUUUCGCCGAUGGCCAGACUGCUGAUCCCAGUCUGAACAACGUGCGCGAUCAGCCCAAGCGCCAUGGCCCCCAUGACCCCGCUUCAGCCUUGAAAGCCGUUGAGGCUAAGAAGGCCCGAUUGGAUAGCAUGGACGACGAGAAACGUGCUGAACUCGAGGAGAAAGACAUGUGGCUGAACGCCAAGAAGCGCGCUCACGGUGAACGAGUCCGGGAUGACACUUCACUGUUGAAGAAGGCUCUUAAGCGUAAGGAAUCUGCCAAGAAGAAGUCCGAGCGUGAAUGGAAGGAGCGCAUAGAAACCGUUCGCAAGGGCAAGGAAACGAAACAACAAAAGCGCGAAGACAACCUCCGGAAACGCCGCGAAGAAAAGGGUAACAAGGGCAAGAAAUCUGCCGCAGGCAAGAAGAAAGCUAGACCCGGUUUCGAGGGAAGCUUCAAGGGCAAAUCUGGAGGAAAGAAAUGA